UUGCAAUAAAUUAGUACAAGAAAAGUCUCGUCAAAUCACCACCAAAUGGUAAUCGCGAAACCUGUAAUGUAAGAUGCGCGCGCAAAGCUUCUAAAUGUACGAAAGUGAACGAUCGAAUUCUCUAAGAGAUAAGCGUACAGUCGUGGAACACUGGAAAGGAGGAUAAAGUAGUUUACAUAGUUUGGAAAGGAAUCUGAUUUAUCAAUAAUUUACCAACAACGAUGAAAACAUACAGCCGAAAAAAGCCGGGAGAAAGUGAAGAAGUGAUUUUGCAUUUGAACGAAUUGUGCAGAUUAUGCAUGACAAAAGAAGACGUUUUAGUGCCAAUUUUCAAUGAAGAAGAAACGACUCCAUUAACACUUCGAAUAAUGGCUUGUGUACAACUGGAGGUGUUUGAAGGAGACGGACUACCGAACAAAAUUUGUCAUCCUUGUAAAUAUCAACUGGAAAAAUCGUACGCCUUUAGGAAGAAGUGCGAACAGUCCGACGCGAAACUUAGACUUCACCUAAAGUUGUUGCACGAAAAGAUCGGAGGGAUCGAAAUUUCGGACGACGAAGCCGACCCUAUGAAACUAGAAGAGUCCCAGGCGCCGCAGGAAGAGGAAAUGUGCGAUGAGUUGGUGAUUCGUGAAAACGAAACUAGUACGGAACAAGAUCUAGUGGGCGUCGCGCAAGUUGCCUAUAUAGAUCCCGAUAUUGAGCAAGUGGAGGAGACCUCCGAGCAUAUCACCUUGCCCAUCGAAACUGAUCACAUAAACAAGCAGGCCUGUACGUUAGUAACUCAAAUUGAGAUGAAAAAGGAGCAGGAUGUUGUGGACCUAACUCCCACUUAUGACCAAGAAGAGAACGAUGUUUUGACCGAAGACAGAGAUAACAUUUAUAUUAUGGACAAUGAAGUUGAGAACUCGGAGGCCCAGUUUGAGGAUCACAACUUGGAGGCUAUCGCUGAUGCUGUUAAAGCCACGUUAGCUACACAUCCAGGUGUUGAUAUAUCCGGCGGACUUCAAAUGAAAGUGGACUCCCAACCAGGAAGACCCACACAGGUUCAAGUUACAACGGAAGACGGAUCGAUUUUGGUGAUGGAAUUGAUGACCGAGGACGAUACGGAGGGCGAAAUUGAAUUUCAAGUUCAAGACAUAAACGAGGAGGGCGAACUGAAGAUCUUUCGCUGUCCCGAUUGCCCCAAGUCGUUUUCACGCCGCAUCCAACUUCGAAGGCACGCCUCGGUACACAUGCAGCAGAGAGGUUUCAGUUGUGGCAUCUGCGAGAAAUGGUUUCCGACCCGAUCGGCGCUAGUUCGUCACGAGCGUAUUCAUACGGGCGAGAGACCAUUUCAAUGCGAGGUCUGUCAGAAGAGCUUUGCGCAAAAGGAAAUUUUAUUCAGACAUUUGAUGACGCACACCGGGCAGAAACCGUACAAUUGCCCGCAUUGUCCCAAGGGUUUCACCCAGAAGGAACCGUUGCGCGUACACAUGCGAUCCCAUUUAAAUCCGAAUCCCUCCGAUAUUCAGUUACAUUAUUGUACUUUAUGUCCUAAAGUAUUUUGCCACGCGUCUGGAUUGAGUCGUCACUUAGUUACCCACACCGGAAAAACCUUUAAGUGCAGGGAUUGUGAUAAAUCGUUUACGGAUAAGUCGUCGCUGAGAAGACAUCAUCGCCAAACUAUGCAUCAAGAAUAAAAAUCAUGUUGAUUUAAAAUAAUAGCUACAUGCUUUAUUUUAGAAUUGUAUUAUUUAUUUUGCUUUUAUUUACAAUUAAGCACACUGAUAAUGAGUUAAAACACAAUUCUGUACUCAAUAACGAUUUUUUUUUGUGGUGUUAAUGGUUGAGAAUAAUUGAAAGUAAUUUUAUAGGUAUAAUUAUGAUUUUUAAUUUUUGUGUAAGUGAAAUAAACUUCAUUUUUACUUGUA